AUUGAGGUUAUGUUUAUUGUUUAGUUCAUAGAGAUCAAUGCGAACUGUUCGCAACAUUUGGUUUAUGUUUAGUUUAAAUUCACGAUAAAAUCGUUGUAUAAAAUGUUUCGUUCGGUAAUACAAUCAGCAAAUAGAGUUUUGGCUGCGCAAACACUGUCUGUGUUCACUUCAUCACAAAGAUUCUACGUUACUGCACCGAAGAGGUUUUAUAAAAAUGCUGGCAUUUUGAGCUGUGACGGCAAAUAUGAAAUAACACUAGACAACAAAAAGUUGAAAACACCAAGUGGAACUGUGUUCCAAGUUACGAAUGAACCAUUGGCAAUUGCAAUUGCCACCGAAUGGGAUUCGCAAAAAGAUGUAAUUGAUCGAUCAAAGAUGCAUUUGACCACCUUGUGCAACACCGCCUUGGACAAUCCGAAUAAGCUAAUGAAACAGGAUAUUGUCAACUACAUGCUGAAUUAUCUACCAACCGAUACGAUUCUUUAUCAUUCAUCUGAUAUAGAAGAGCUGUACAAAGUACAGUGCGUUGAAUGGGAUCCAAUAAUUGAAUGGUUCAAUGAACGUUAUGGUGCAGAUAUUCAGAAGAGUUGUGACAUCACGCAGCCGAACAUCAGUGCGAAAACGAGAAUGAAUAUCAGUAAGCACUUUCUAUCGUACAAUGAAGCUGCGAUGCAAGGAUUUUUGUAUGCGGUCGACACUUUGAAAUCAGUAAUAUUGACAUUGGCUUGUGUAGAUAAGAGAAUAUCUGUUGAAAAGGCAGUCGAACUGUCGCGACUCGAGGAAGAAUACCAAUUGAAAUUCUGGGGACGCGUUGAAUGGGCUCAUGAUUUAGCUCAACAAGACACACAAUCACGAUUGGCCGCAUCAAUUCUAUUCAUUCAUUUCCAUUCAAAUGAACACAUUAUCAAAGAGAAAUUCCCUAUUACAUAGUACAAAUUGUCAGUUAAACCAAAAAUAUAUUGAUGGAUAUGUAGAAAUAUUUGUAUUUCAUUUCAAGUUGACGAGACAAAUAUUUGAAAAG